UAAUAAUAAUAAUAAUAUAAAUAACAAAGUGAAAAGGGUCGUAAACGCUAACAUUUCUUUGGCAGGGAGAGACACAAUUUAAUCAACUUUUUCGUGUCACCCUCGAAUUAAGUCGCGAAAUGUCCAAGUCGAACGCCGAUUUCAGUGCGUUCGACUUUAAUGACAGCUCCGAUAAUUCCGAUGUUGAAACACGAGCCCCGUUUCUUAGUCGCGCGGCCUUAAAUAGCCACAAUAAUAAUAGUAGCAGCAAUCAUCAUAAUGGCAAUAAUAACGGCCGCGGCAAUUCAGGACGUACUAGCCAACGUAACGACUCGGUUAGUAGUUCUUCCAAUAGUUCAAAUUCGAGUAGUAACGACGAUGGCGAAACAAACGAAACGACAUCGGCACAACACCAGAGGCAGCAGUUGCAUGCAGCCAUUAAUGGCAGGAGUGUUAACGAGGCCAAUAACAGUAACAAUAGCUGUGGUGGCGAUAGUACACCGCAACACAAUAACAGCGGCAGCUCCAUACAACAGUCACAUAAUUCGGAUGCUCUGUUAAUGGUUGCUAUGGGGACGGGUGUUGGUGGUUGUGGUAGUGCUGACGUUGAUGGCGAUGUUAUGGGUGAUGAGGGGACUUUAACGACACCGGCAUCAUCGUCAACGGCAGCGCCAUUAACAGCAACGCACACGAAUGGCUUAUCAAUGGAUAGUAGUGCUCCUGGCAAUUCGGUCGAUAGUAAUCAUGUAAGUGGUGGUGGUGGUGGUGGUGGUGGUGGUGGUAAUUGUGGUAUCGAUGGCAGUAGUGAUGGUGGCGGCGGCUUAGCCUCAAAUCUGACAGAAGCCAGUGUGCACAACAACAAUUGUAAUAUUUCGGGUCUGCUGGAUUCUGCACUGACCGGCAACGGUAAUGGCCAAAACAAUGGUCACUCGACCGUAAGCAGUAUCAGCAACAGCAACUCCAAUAAUAACGGCAACAUCAACAAUAACAAUAACAACAGCAACAAUAAUAACAUCAGCAUCAACAAUAAUAGCAAUUGUAACGAGAUUGUACGUUGCAGCAGUAGUGCCAGCUUAAGCAACAAUAGCCAGCAAACAAAUCAUGCUGGUCUUUCUGGUAACGGGGGUGGCGGUGGUGGUGGCGGUGGCGGAUCGGGUAGUCUUUGCGGUGUACCCGCAUCUGCUUCGAGCUAUGCUCUCUCCAAUGAACGCAAGAAAUAUCGUCAUCAAAAUUAUAGCAAAAACAUCUAUAUCGGCACAAAAAACGCAGAGAAAUGGGAACACAUGCGAACACGAUUACAGUUCAAAAACGAUGUCGAAUUUGUUGCCUAUCUGCUAAAUUUAGCCGAUAACGAUACCGAACGUUUGGCAAAUUUACCACCAGCAUCAGCCUCAACGACGCCCACUAAAGGUUUCGAUGGCAAUUUCAAACUUGAGCCCAACUUAAGUGCCAAAGAAUUCAGUAACAGUCAGACUGGGGAGAAUGGCGGCGAUUCACAGCAACCUGUCGUUCGUCGCAAGUAUAAGAAGCGCGUACAAUUCAACGAUAAUAUGGCGAAUGGUGUUGCAAAAGUGAAGAAUUUCUCUAACUUUGACUUAAAAGCUAAAAAGCAAUUGGGUGGAAAUAGCAAUAGCAAUAGCGAUGUGCUGCCGGAAGUUUUGGAUUGCCGUAUAGCUGAGAAAAUCAAAAGUGAACUCGAGGAAAAGUCUGCAUCGAAAGAAUCUUUGCCGAAUGCUCUGUGCUUGAAAAAAGCCGAUGCUAUGGGUGCUUAUGGAGAUGAGGAAGAUGAUGACGAAGAUGAUGCCGGUACUUCGGUACUGGGCGAUGCUGUUGACGGUAUGAAUAGUCAGAACAGUGGCUUUCGCGUUCGUGUUAAAGGAAAACGAGGACCCAAACCAAUGAUGCCGCCUAGUUCAUGUCCAGAGGAUGACGAGGAGCCUGAAGCCAGUGACGAUGACGAUGAGGAUGAGGAAGUCGAUGAGGAAGCAUUAGCACGUGAAAUGAAAAACGAACAAAAUUUUGUAGAGGAAGAAGAUGAACUGGACAUUGCUUUUCGCUCGCAGCAGUCAUGUAGAGAAUGUUCACUAACACACGAUUACAAAGUAUGUCCGCUGAGAACGGCGAUAGGAACUAUCACUGAUGCGGUCGAUUUAGCCGAAUGGAUUGAACGUAAAAACUUAGAAGCGUUGGCUAAACUAAAAGCAGAUGCUCAGCGUCAAGCAAAACAUUUACACGGUGACGAAGAUGAAGAUAUGGAUGAAUCAUCGCAGUUAUCGGAGUUGGAAACGAAACCUCUUAUAACUUUUGCUGAGGCUUCAGUACCGGCCGAAUUCGAAUUGCACAAUGUUGAACCAAAUGUCACGGGCGUGUUUGCUCGUACCGAAGUGCGGCCGUUUACCAAGUUGGGUCCAUUGAUUGGUCAGCCAGUGCAAUCCACUGAUGUUAGGGAAGGCAGUGAUAUGAAGUGGAUUUUUGAAACUUGUGAGGCUGGUGCCGAAAAAUCGCAGUUUCUUCUAUGUGAUAAUCCCAACUCAUCCAACUGGCUACGUUACAUUCGACCCGCACCAACUUAUGAUGAACGUAACGUGAAUUUGGUGUCAAUUGAAACUCAAGCAUUCUUUGUAACUUGUCGCGAGCUUAAGAAUGGAAUGGAACUGCUAUACUGGAGCGAUGAUUGUAACACUAUGUGGCGUAAAAAACAUUGGUCUGAAAAAACGCAUUGCGGUGGCUGUAAUUUGAAAUUUGAUCACCCGCUUUACUAUCGCACACACUGUUCAGUAUUUCAUGACCCUUCGAUGAGUUUAACGAUACGAAAAUAUCAUUGCAAGGUAUGCGGCGAGGCUGUGCUCGGCAAGGACAACAUUAUGAAGCAUGCCGCCGAAAAGCAUGAUGGCAAAGGUGCCCAUCAGUGUCAGUUUUGUAAUAAAUUCUUUUUACGACUUAGUUACUUGGAAAUGCAUCGAACAUACGGUUGCGUCGCAAAUCCAAAUCGCACCCAACCUAUAUGCGACUUUUGUGGCAGGAAAUUCUUCAGGCCGCAAAAACUGAAAGCGCACAUUAAACGUGCACACAGUGGAUCGCGAGCAGCAUUGCAGCGUCACGCCAAGGAGGUACACAGUCGCAAUUCAACUGUGGUCAGUUGUCCCAGAUGCCAGAAGCUAUUCCAAAACCGUAGUAACCUAAAGAUUCAUAUGCUUACUCAUUCCGGUGUCAGACCAUUUAAAUGUUCCGAGCCAGAGUGUAAUGCGGCUUUCACCACCAAGCAGUGUUUGCAAUUUCAUUAUAAAAAAGUUCAUAACUAUACACAAGAACAAAUGCCUAAAAUUGAGAGAAGUGUUGCUUACACGUUCGAUGCAUAUUCCGGUGGUAUGAAAGUUGACUUCCUGGAGCAAGCUCCCCGGCGAAGACGUAAAAGCUUGGAGGACCAAAAUUCAGUUAUGAGCUCAAGCAUACAAAGUGAUACUGAAUUUUCCGAUGAUAAUAUAUUCGAAGCUAUUAAAAAGUCUGGCAAAUCGAUUAAGGACUUAUGCAGGAAUGAACCAAACCUUUCGUUAUUGUCAUCGAAAAUUUCUAGUAUAUUUGGGGAGAAACCUGCACCCAAGAAGCGAGGACGUAAACGUAAGGAUCACCAUCUUUUGAAUGAGCAUGAAAAUGAUCACGACCACAUGGAGCAAAUGAGGCGUAAACAAAACGCCCAACUAAGUCUGGUAGAAUCAUUCUUGACAACCACAGCUCAUCGUCUAACAGCACAGCACCAAGUUCAACAGGUGGUGGCUGCCGCAGCAGCUGUUUCGGCAAUGGCUGGCGGGGCGACAGAUGAUUCAAAUAAGAUGCAUAUGAUGCCCGGACUUAACCAUCAACAUAUGGGUAUGACACAUCAGCAUCAGUCUGCGAGCAUGGGCCAUGAUGAAGAAGAAGAGGAAGAUGAAGAAGAUGACGAUGAACAAGUCCAUCACCAGCAAGGAGUUCAACAGAUGCCACAUGACAAUAACAAUUAUCGUCACCAUCCUGGCAUGAAUGCCUUAGGGCAGAAUUUGGUUGUGAGUAAAGGUAGUAAAAAAUGGAUCAGUGGCGACGAUCGCCAUUUGACAAGGGACUGCCCACCAGUUGUAGACCGUUGUGCAUUAAGUGGCGGCCAAGUAGGGAGUGGAACGAUGAGCGGGAGCGCAAAUGCCUGCGGUAUGAAUCAAGGGGGAGCAAAUGAAAUUGGUAUACCAGGUUUCGUAGUACCAUCUAAUAACACAGAAGAUCCGAAUAAAUUAAUGGGCUCCAAUCGGGACUUCUUGUCACGCCUUAUAAACUCGGCUAAUUCCGGUCAUAAUCAUCACGCUGGAAAUACCCGAGAAGAAGAUGAAAAUUCUUCAUUCUUAGAUGUUGUUGAAUCGAAUAACAACGGUGCCAACGGAUCGAUGUCGCAGUAUCAUCAUAAUGCUUCCAAUAAUUCUAACAAUGCUGCUGUAGGGUCUAAUAGCGCCGGCAGCAAUGCUGAAGCGAAUAAUACUGCUGCGACAAUUAAUCAGGGCACUGGAUCGAAUUCGGCACAAGGUGAAGGCAGCGAAAUGGCCAUGAACUCAUUAACACAUACCCAAUCAUUUAUGAAUUCAUUUUAUAACAACGCAAAUGCAAGACUGAGCGGUGCUACAGCUGGAUCGUCUUCAUCGGCAAGUAUGCUUGUUGAAGCCGCGCUAAAUUCCGUCGGCAAUAUAAUCGAUGGAGAAAAUAACGAGUUAAAGGUUCCCACCGACAAUAAUAUCAACACUGACAGUCCAAUGAGCUCUCAUGUCGAUACAGAAUCAAACAGAUUUAGUGCCAACAAUCCAAUGGAUAACCUUGAGAGUGAAUUGAAAAUGAUGAAAAAUUUAAAUAGUUUCCCCAUGCAAAUACCUCCACUGCCAAUGUUUCCUAACUCAGGCAAUAGUCUUAGCUCCUGCAAUAUAUCGCCAACUGCUUCUACGCCCACAAAUCCACGGAGCAAUCAAAAUAAUGAUGUUGAUGUGGAUGCCGGAUCAACCCCACGACCACAGCACCUUGGCAGCGGUGGUGGUAGUGUGAGGGAAGCUGAUGGUUAUGCUGCGGCACAGCAUAGAACCCCACCUACACCUCAACCCAUUUCGCCAGGUCGAGAUUACGGGAUGUUUAGUAAUAAUAAUGGUUCCAAUGGCACUCCUGGUGGCCCGGGUACAGGAGGUAGUUCAGGUAGUGGUCACAGCACGGGUGGUAAUAGCACCACAAAUAACAUAUCAGCGUCUUCACCUUUACCAACGAUGGCUCAGGCCCAAAGACGUACUGCUUCUAGCGUGAGCAGUACGUAUCCAGAACAUGAACUAAUUUCACCGGCUUCAUCACCUUCAAUACCUCGCUAUAAUUUUAACAACGGCGACAUACUGCGUCAUAAACAAAGAGCGGAUCAAGAAACAGAUAGGCGACAAAAUCUAGGAACAGGUCAUAGUCACAUGUCGAGCGAUGAGGAGAAUAGUAUUAUGCCACAAAAUAGCAGCUCUGCAGGUCAGGACAUGCGUAUGAAAUUCUCUCAGCCUCAGAUGGAUUUAAUGUAUUCUAAAUACGAAAGUCUUGCAAAUUCGGCAGCGCUCAAGUACAAUAGUCAAGGUGUAGAUUCACCCGCAGAAUAUCGUAAUACGAAUACAGCGGCAACUGCUAAUAACGACAUGUCAGAUUUACAAGGUCUUGAUAUGUCAUCGCGUUCCAAUGUUAGCUCCUCAAAUUAUCAUCACAACUUUCAAUUGCCUAGCAAUAAUCCAGCCAAUCUUCCUGGUAUCGGUCGUUAUCAUCAUCAUAUAUACGAUAUUCUUUCCGAGCGGGAGCAAAAUCAAAGUAGUCAGGCUCAAAGUCAACAACAACAACAUCAUAGUUCAGCGGCAGCAGCAGCUCAACAUCAGCAACAAGAGCAUUCUAGUCAACUGGCUAUGCAGCAACAUCAAUCGGCCAUGCAUAGUAUGUUGUCUGAUCAGCUUAGCGAACCGGAACACGAUCAAACUACUUCGGUAGAUCUAAGUCGAACCGCUAACUAUGUGGUACCAUCCCCGCCCCAACUGCCGUAUAAUCAUCCACACCAUGACAUGUUACGUAUGGCAUCGCUAGAUUUGACUCCUAAUACAAACAUGUCGGUGAGCAAUAACCGAUCAUUUCUUUCAUCACAAAUGCAGCAUCAAAGUCGCGAAAGUCUUGAGCAUCAUCGUUUACUGUCAACCGUUGAACAGCAUCGUAUCUUGGCAGCUUCAAAUGCUGCUGAUCAACAUCGCUUACUGGUUGAUCCUACAGCUCAUUUACUUAUGGAACAAAAUAAUCGUUUACUCGGUCCCGACCAGUCGCGUUUAUUGGGCGAAUCUGCACAAAAUCGCCAUAUGGCUCGAGGCUUUGGCGCCUAUCAUCAGGUAGCUUCGGGCAAUUAUCAUCCCGGUGUCCGACCGCCGGUCUUACCCUCCGCUAAUCAUCAUGCUUCCAACCCAUCAAAUUAUCAUCCGUUUCCAGCCUAUUAUUAGUUAAGGAUUUAGAAAGUGGAUCAACGGUACUUUGAAGGAAAUAAUUUUGGUUCUUGGCUUUGGUUAAUUAAAUGUAAUAAAAAUACGGGAAUUGGCAAUACAUGUAUAGAUAAUAUUUGUAGAGUUAAGAGCAUUUGUGUAUUUAAUUAGGUGAAGGAGAUGCUUUUUUUAAUUAAUGUUGAACUGUUAUUAUUAAGUAAAAAUACGAUAUAUUUUGAAAGAGAAAAUUUUACAAAUUCGGUUAUUCAAACUCCCCCCACGUGCCCACUGUAGCCCGUUCUCUUUUCAUUUCCGUAAAUUUCUAUGGUUUUAAAAGGAACCCUUUACGUAAAGUAACAAGUUUUCGCCUUCGUAUCUGUGUUAUGUGCAUUUUUGCUAAUUGAUUCAUAUAAGAAAGACACACAGGUAGACAUACAUGAAAUUAUUCAUACAUACAUACAUACAUCCAUACCCUUCACUAAGGUUAACCGAUGUAUUUUAUAUAAAUAAGAAUGAAAGUUUAUUUUUACACACCCACAUACUUAGCAUUAAUUGACUUUAGUAUUUAUCAUAAUUGAUUUCUGUUCUCUUUUUUUAAUUUUUA